CGAUUCAAACCGUCGCCGCCGUCGCCGAGUGAGUCGUGACUCCCCCCAGCGGCGGCCCGCGACCACCCGUUCCCACCCGUCGCGUCUCCGGGAACCACAUUUGCGCCCGCCCCCUCCGCUUCCUCCCCCCCUCGCCGUGGCCCGAGAGCUGAGGCUGAGCUGCCUCGGGCGGGUGGGGUCGUCGUCCGCCCGGCGGCUGCGGCGGUUACGAGGCGGGGCGAAUUCCGGCGCGGGGCGCCGCGAUCCCCGCAGUGAUGUGCGGAUCGGAGCAUGGGUGUGACCCCACCGGGAAGUAGCGGCGGCUGGCGGAGGGCUCGGAGCGGGAGCUGCGUACACGACCAUGUACAUCGCGCGGGAGGCAACCAAGCUGUGGAGGAAGGUGAGCGCGGAGACGACGGCGGAGCUGCAGCUUCUGCUGGAGAAGUGGCAACUGCUGCUUGCAGGAUUGGUGUUCCAGUACAUUCAUGGAUUGGCUGCUCGAGGGGUACAUUACUUGCACCGACCCGGACCACUGCUCCAGGACUUGGGAUUUAUGGCCCUUCCGGAACUUGGACAAGAGAAAGGUUAUCUUAGCGAGAGCGUAUUCACUUUCAUCUUCAUUUCCUUUCUGUUGUGGAGUUUUCACCCUUUUAUUUAUCAUAGCAAACGUUUCUACACUGUUCUACUGUGGCGAAGGGUGCUGGCAUUUUUAGUUGCUUCACAAUUUUUACGGAUUGUCACAUUUUACUCCACUCAACUUCCCGGUCCAAAUUAUCACUGCCGUGAGGGCUCAAAACUUGCCACUCUUCCACCACCAAAUAAUGCACUUGAAGUGCUCCUGAUUAACUUUCCUCGUGGAGUGCUUUUUGGUUGUGGUGAUCUGAUAUUCUCAUCUCACAUGAUCUUUACCCUAGUUUUUGUGCGCACAUACUAUAAAUAUGGAUCAAACAGUUUCUCUGGUGGGUCUCUAUGUUGUAGGUUGAUUAAGCUCCUUGCUUGGCUGAUGGCUAUAAUUCAGAGUCUUCUUAUAAUUGCUUCUCGCAAGCACUACACCGUGGAUGUUGUUGUUGCUUGGUACACUGUUAAUUUGGUUGUAUUCUUUGUUGAUAAGAAGCUGCCAGAAAUGCCAGAUCGUACAAAUGGAUUAUCUCUGCUUCCAGUGAGCUCAAAAGAUGAAGACGGCAGGACGAAGGAAGGGCUCCAUAAACUUGAUGGAAGGAUGAGGGAUGAGUUCCAUAAGUUGUUAAAUGGGAACACUGUCGAUGCUACGGAUCGGCGACAACGAGUACAGAUGAAUGGGAAGCAUGGAGAAGACAUGAGCCACAGUGUCUCUGAUGCCACUCCCACUGGUACCUGAUCAGCUGCUUUUCAUUGUUCUGUCGCCUUUAACGUCGACAGGGGAAUCUGCCGGGAAAACAAAACGAAAAUGAAAUUGCCUGGUGUGCCUCUGCAUGAUGAAAGGCUUCUCAAGGUACCUGCAAGGCUGCAACAUCAUUUUGGUUCGGCUCCUUUGCACGGUAUGGUGACGGAUAAAUGAGGUGUUUGAACUUUGAAAUAGUGGUAGAAACUGUAAAAGAAUUAGAAUGCCACGGCUUUUCUCAGAGGCUGGUGCUACAGUUUUGCAUCCUCCAGACUUUCCAAAAUGGAUGAUAUUAGAGAGAAAAAUUGGUCUGUGAUGUAUAUAUCAAUUAGAUUCAGCUUAGUUCCACUUCAAAACAAAAUUCAGCUGUCGUGAAUUGGUGAUUGCUAAUUUAUGCUGAUUGACAGUAAUUGAGUAAUUGUA